AUGGACAGCACCACAAAGACGGAUGCUUGACAGAGAGCUGACAGUACUCCCUGGAACCACCACCACUAAUAGAUCAGCAUUUUGUGGACUAAACCAUUUGACAUAAACAACCUCAAGACCCUGAAUCACAAAGAGGCUUCUUCUUCGUUGCUAUAAAAAAGAAAAAAAACACGAUGGAAGAAGACAUGGAUGAGGGGCAGACCCAGAAGGGGUGCCUGGAGUGCUGCAUCAAAUGCCUUGGCGGGAUCCCUUACCCGUCGCUCAUUGCCACCAUCUUGCUGUACGCCGGCGUGGCUCUGUUUUGCGGCUGCGGCCACGAGGCACUUUCCGGAACCGUCACCAUCCUGCAAAAUUACUUUGAGGUGGUGCGCAGCCCUGUGGACACUCUGGACGUCUUCACUAUGAUUGACAUAAUCAAGUACGUGAUCUACGGUGUAGCCUCGGCUUUCUUUGUUUAUGGCAUCCUGCUGAUGGUGGAAGGCUUCUUCACCAGCGGGGCCAUCAAAGACCUCUACGGAGAUUUCAAGAUCACAACAUGUGGACGCUGCGUCAGUGCUUGGUUCAUCAUGCUGACGUACAUCUUCAUGCUGGCUUGGCUAGGCGUGACAGCGUUUACCUCCCUGCCUGUCUUCAUCUACUUCAACAUCUGGAACAUUUGCCAAAAUGCAACCAUGCUGGAGGGUACCACACUUUGCCUGGACCCGCGCCAGUACGGUAUUGUGGCUAUUAACGAAGCAAAGACAGUUUGUGCUGGAUCUGAGAAGUUCUACAAGAUGUGCGAAUCUACUGAGCUGGACAUGACAUUCCAUCUGUUCAUCUGCGCCCUUGCUGGAGCAGGAGCCGCCGUCAUUGCUAUGAUCCACUACUUGAUGGUGCUGUCUGCCAACUGGGCCUACGUGAAAGACGCAUGCCGAAUGCAAAAGUACGAGGACAUCAAGUCUAAGGAGGAGCAGGAGCUUCACGACAUCCACUCCACUCGCUCCAAGGAACGGCUCAAUGCUUACACAUAAAAAGCCAAGUUGAGGCGAGGGGGUCACUCACUCGGUUUUUCCUCGCCAUUGCCAAUGUCACUGGUGCGUCACAUGACAAUGUGGUUUGGGCGGAGGUCGGCCUCAGCUGCAAACAACAUUACAGCUUACAAAAAAGAAGCCCCUUUACCUCUCUCGUGAAUGUUUUUUGUUAUCAUUCUAUCAGUUGUUGGGAAAUAAGACCAGUCGUUUUGCAUCGCGUAGUAGUGUAGUGUCGAUUGUGGAAAAGUGAGUAGCGCUAGAGGUAGAUUUUCUUUUUUUAUUAUGUUUCAUGCUUUUUCUUAGAAAAUACUUUGCUAAGCCUAUUUUCUUUUUUGCUCGUGACCAUCUUGUUACGUAUACUCUCGAGUCAAUUCAACCUGGUACGAAUUUAAGCAUUAAAAAUGUUAAAUAGGGGUUUAAUAUACCAUACAUUGAACACUAUUAGAGAAAGUAGAAAGAAAAGAACAAUAUUGUGACGUUUGUUUCUAUUAUGAGAAAUGUGACUAACUUUAAACAGGUCAGUGCAUGCAUAUUUAACCAGUAGACAAUAAAUUGAACAAUUUUCCAAUUAGAUUUAAAAAAUCUCUCUCUCUCUCUUUUUUUUUUUUUUUUAUAAAUGUAGGCAAUUUUAAAAAAAUUAAAAUUGGUUAAUUUGACCUGAAAUGUAACAGGAGCUUUAUGGUAUUUCUUGGAGUUUUAGGGUGACACCAUUCAUUUUUUGCCUCACAGGGAGGUCAACAGGGGCUUCAAAAAGGUUCUCAAGCACAUUUCUCAUCUAACAUGUGAUAUCGAUGUACUGUAUGUGAAUGACUGAUGUUCGUGUUUAAAAAAAAAAAACUCGUACAGUAAAAUAUUUGCCAGGGAUUAAAACCACAAAUCACAAUACACUAGCUACUUUAUAUUUUAAGAAAAAAAAAUAACAAUGAAUACCAAAAUCUCAAUGACUUGCUAGGUGUGCCAAGCCUGUUGAACGGGGAAAUUAUUUUUGGAUCGAUAUAUAUUAACGGGAUUAAAUUUGCAAGAAAGGGAUCAUAUAGUAUCUCUAGACUGUGAAUGAUUCCAUUGGCACUAAAAGCAAAUGCUCCCAUAAGACACUGUUAUGAUUAUGACUGAUAAUUUUGUUGUUUGAAUAAAUUUAGUGGGGGGUUUUCUCUGCAGACUCUGCACUGUGUAUAGUGAUACUGUAUUAAUGCAUUCCAAUGUGUGAUCAAGCAUUGCGAUUUAUAGGAGAAUAAGAAUAUGGGUUUUCUUAAAGGAGACAUAUUUUGUCACAAUUUAAAGCAGUUCCCAGAUAUCUUCAGAGGUGCUUUCUAGCAUUCUUUGGUUAGAAUCCACAAGGGCUUACAGCACACUUGGCAUCAACUUGUC